CCGGGUCCCCAGCGGGGCGCCUGCCCACAAACAUGGCUGCUCCCUGCUCAGCUUCUCCUCGCCGGGGCCGUGGCGCCAGGCCGGCUCUGCCAGUACUCGGGGACUUCCUCCGCGAACCGGCUUCCUGCACGGCUGGCAUUUAAACCCGCGCCUAGGGCUGCGGGCUGCGGGCUGCGGCUGCGGAUGCUGAGCUGUCCACGGGCUGGGCAGCGCCGCCACCUCCUCUGAGGCGCCAGGCGAGGCAGGAGAGGAGCCGAAGCAUCUGUUAACUGCGCCCAGGGCCAAGCAGGACAGGGCUCGGGGAGCUUGGGGACGCCGGCAUCGGACCCCGGCAUCUGGCAGUUUAAUUGCAGGUUUGACUUUAAUUUCCAAGAUCGCGAUCCUUCUGCCCAGCCCAGACAUUUUUCCUCCCUCCGGCCUUGGUUGCUGCAUGAAGCCCGGGCUGGGCUUGGUCCCAGACGCAGAAGAGCGCAUUCCUGGCCCCGCGCCGUCGCCCCAGGGACCCCGGAGCCGCGUGCCCGGGCCAUGGUGCGGCUGAGCCCCGCGCUCGGGUGAGGCGGCGGCGCGGCUCGGAGCCCGGCGGGUCGGCCCUGCGGGGCACCUUCCCCCGAGGAGCCUAGGGCGCCCGGACGCGGGGCUCCGCUCCCUGCUGCUGGGGCUGCGCGCCGGGGGCGAGCGGCGGCCGCGAUGUUCAGCUGGCUGGGUUCCGACGACCGCCGGAGGAAGGACCCCGAGGUCUUCCAGACAGUGAGCGAGGGGCUCAAGAAACUCUAUAAGAGCAAGCUGCUACCCCUGGAAGAGCAUUACCGCUUCCACGAGUUUCACUCGCCUGCCCUGGAGGAUGCCGAUUUCGACAACAAGCCCAUGGUCCUGCUGGUGGGCCAAUACUCCACUGGGAAGACCACCUUCAUCAGGUACCUGCUGGAACAGGAUUUCCCAGGUAUGAGGAUUGGGCCCGAGCCAACCACUGACUCCUUCAUUGCGGUGAUGCACGGAGAGGUGGAGGGGAUCAUCCCCGGGAACGCCCUGGUGGUAGAUCCUAAGAAGCCCUUCAGGAAACUGAAUGCCUUUGGCAAUGCCUUCUUGAACAGGUUCAUGUGUGCCCAGCUGCCCAACCCCGUGCUGGAGAGCAUCAGUGUCAUCGACACUCCAGGGAUCCUCUCUGGGGAGAAGCAAAGGAUCAGCCGAGGGUAUGACUUUGCAGCUGUCCUCGAGUGGUUCGCUGAGCGGGUCGACCGCAUCAUCCUGCUGUUUGAUGCCCACAAGCUGGACAUCUCUGAUGAAUUCUCGGAAGUCAUCAAGGCCCUCAAGAACCACGAGGACAAGAUGCGGGUGGUGCUGAACAAGGCCGACCAGAUUGAGACGCAGCAGCUGAUGCGGGUGUACGGGGCCCUCAUGUGGUCCCUGGGGAAGAUUGUGAACACCCCAGAGGUGAUUCGGGUCUACAUUGGCUCCUUCUGGUCCCACCCCCUUCUCAUCCCCGACAAUCGGAAACUCUUUGAGGCCGAGGAGCAGGACCUUUUCAGAGACAUCCAGAGUCUGCCCCGAAACGCUGCCCUGCGCAAACUCAACGACCUCAUCAAGAGAGCCAGGCUGGCCAAGGUCCAUGCCUACAUCAUCAGCUCUCUGAAGAAGGAGAUGCCCUCCGUGUUUGGAAAGGAAAACAAGAAGAAGGAGCUGGUGAACAACCUGGCUGAGAUUUAUGGCCGGAUCGAGCGGGAACACCAGAUCUCACCUGGGGACUUUCCCAGUGUGAAGAAGAUGCAGGACCAGCUGCAGGCCCAGGACUUUAGCAAAUUCCAGCCACUGAAGAGCAAGCUGCUGGAGGCAGUAGACGACAUGUUGGCCCACGACAUUGCCCAGCUCAUGGUGCUGGUGCGCCAGGAGGAGACACAGCGGCCCGUCCAGAUGGUGAAGGGUGGAGCGUUCGAGGGCACUCUUCAUGGUCCCUUUGGGCACGGCUAUGGGGAGGGGGCCGGGGAGGGCAUCGAUGAUGCUGAGUGGGUGGUGGCCAGAGACAAGCCCAUGUAUGACGAGAUCUUCUACACCUUGUCACCGGUGGACGGCAAGAUCACAGGUGCUAAUGCCAAGAAGGAGAUGGUCCGCUCCAAGCUGCCCAACAGCGUGCUGGGCAAGAUCUGGAAGCUGGCUGACAUCGACAAGGAUGGCAUGUUGGAUGAUGAGGAGUUCGCACUGGCCAACCACCUCAUUAAGGUCAAGCUGGAGGGGCAUGAGCUGCCCAAUGAGCUGCCUGCGCACCUCCUGCCCCCAUCCAAGAGGAAAGUCACUGAGUGAUGAGGGACAAGGGGUGGUUCAGAGCAGGCAGGUGUUAGAGGAAAUGAGGGAGGUGAUGAGACACACACACACGCGUGCACUCGCGUGCAGAUCUUGAGAACUGCAGUGCAGAUGAGAGAGGGCACUGAUCCCCAGGUUUCCAGGCUGAUCUUUGUUUGGAGGCAUCUACAGGUUCUCAGCAUUGGUAGAAGCACAAGAGCACUCCCAGGGUCGCAGGUUUCAAGCCUAGGUCUCCAUCCCUCUCUCCCUCCCGUCUUCCCCUACACAGAGACCUGCUUUCUCCCGGAGAGGCAGUUCACUUGCCCACAGAUGGCCCACCCACCUCCAGAUUUCCUGGACUCUGAGCAGAUGGAAAGGCUUUUCACUUCAUAGGCAAUUCACGUUGUUUUCUGUGCUCGCUCCCCCUCUUUGGCUUCCCAAUGUGAAAUCUGCUCCGGGGCUGGGAAAUGAGGGAGGCAAGGAGGGAAGCAUCCUCGGGGAACCAGGUCCCAGUCUUGGAGUUCAUGGCCCUGAGCUGUUUUUUCCUAGACUUAGGCUCUGUCUGCCUCAACAAACCUGGAUUUGAACCCUGUUGGCACUUCAUUUGAAAGAAUCCCAGUGAGGGAGGGAGAAGAGAAAAAAUUGACAGGAAAGAAUGCAAAGAAACUGUCCUCUAAUCCUCUACUCAGAGCCGAUCAAGGUGGUUUUAUUCCAGAUUUUGUGAGAUUCAUAUUCUUUCCACCCGGCCUCUGAUGUUUGGAGGCUCAUACUCAACUACAUGUAUCCAGACCCUCCCGUGCGCCAGGAACCGUGUUAGGCACUUUAUGUACAUUAUCUACGUGGCCCUCGCUACCCGCAGGGAAGUAUGCCUUAGUCCCCCUAUUUUGCAGAUGAGGAGCCCGAGUCUCAGACUCUAAGUGACCUUCCCAACAUCACAGCUCACACGUGAUGGAGAGAGGAUUCAAAGCCAGGGGUUCAGAGUCUUCCCUCUGCUGUGACAAUGUGUGCAGGAUUCCAGCUCUGCUAGCCCAUGACGAAUCAUGGAGAACAAGCCAAGCAUGCAGGUCCCCUCAGCCUCCCACAACAGGCUGGUGAAGGAGAAGGGCUAGGCAGCAUUUGGUGGGCCAUCAGUCUGGCCAUCUGUCACAUCACAGAAGCAAACCGUGCCUUCUGGCUGUGUGCCUCACAUCCCUAAAAUUGCAGAAGUCCAACAGCGCCAGCAGGAGAGUGGGCCGGCCUGCUGGAUGAUGUUCGAGCCUGUCUCUGCUCCACCUCCCACCAGUAGCCUGAAUCAUCCCAGCUCCAGUGCAGCCACCAACUCUUAGCAAGUGGGACCUCGUGCUGAAUCUCAGAAGGCCAACUUGAGAGGUCUGAGGUCUUGUUCCUUGCAGGACACCCAGUGACCCUGCAGUGUCCUUGGCAAAUCCCCACCAUUCUCAGUGCCCCACUCCCUCCUUCAUAGUCUCUCCCUUGCUUCGUGGCCACUGAACUGGUCACUUUGUAUGGUAUGCUUCUAACUGUGAUGGAAAACAAAAACAAGUAUAACUUAUUUUAUAUCUAUGUUGAGACUAUAGAGAAUAUUCUAUGUAUCUAUGUGCUCACUACUGCAGUGCGUUUGUCAUUAGUAUUCUUGUUAAUAUAUCACAUUUAUCCUUUGGUA